UUUAACAAGAUUUUAUUGAUUUUGUGUUAUUUUGCUUUGUUUUUAAAUGUAUUGCUUGCUGUGUUCACCUCCAUUGGUGUGCUUUGUCCCUCAGUAAAGUAAAGUUGUCAACAAUUGCAAUUCUUUUAAGUAAGAAUGGCAGGCAAAUCACCCAAUGAAAAUCUGAAGAAAUCUCAGCUGAUUUGCUUGUUCUUGAACGAUGCUGAGCUUCUUGAAUGUUGUUGCAGCUGGAAUCAGCCAGGCAACUGGAUUGCACCCCUUGUAUCUUGUAGAUGGAGGGUUGGCUUUGGGAAAUCAGUAGGUGACUAAUGUGAUGCAGAAUUACCAGUCCUUGUAGUAUAUAUAUGGCUGGUCCAGUUCAGUUCAUGGCCGAUGCUCACCCUCAACAUGUUAGUGGAGGAUUUGGUGAUAUAUUAAUACUGUUUAAUAUCAAGAGAAAAUGUCUCUUGUUUGAGAUGGUCUUUGCCAGGUAGUUGUGUGGUAUGAAUAUUUAUUGCCACUUAUCAGCCCAAGUUUGAUUGUUGUCCAGGUCUUGUUGCAUAUGUACAUUGCCUUAACAUUUGAGGAUUGGCGAAUGCCACUGAACAUUUCUACUUUAAAAGAAUUCCCAGCCUGAUCCUAAGUAUCAAAGGACUAUCACAGAUGAAGCAGCUGAAGAUGGUAGCCACUACCUGAAACCACUAGCCUGUGGAACUUCUGCAAUGUUCUCGGACCAAGAAUGGAAGGAUGAUUUUGUAUGCACUGAAGAUGCAGAUUCUGAGACGGAGCAAAAUGACGGCACAGAUGUAUUCUUACAUAAUGCAGAGGGACAGGAACCUGCACCUUCACAGAAUCCUUGGAAUGCAGUAUCACCUUUGCGUCUUGGUGGAAUUCCAUCUUCAGAGGAAACUUAUCUUUCAUGUGUUUCAGAACCUUGUGAGAAGCAUGUUGAUAAAUGCACUGGUUGUCUGUCUUCCACAUUUCAUGAUAUUCCUGGCUGCAGCAGGCAAGCCAUUAAGCUUCAGCUUUCAGAUGACAGUACACAAGAUGCAGAGGAAUCAUUAGAGUUGUAUACAGAUGGGUCUCAGCAAGAGCAGCCACAUUCAGAAAUGUGUGCUGGAAGCCCCUUGCACACGUUAAUCAAAAGUACAGACAGUAAAGUGACAAAUGUGGCAGAGCCUGAGGAGAUACCUGCUAAACCUGAAGACAACAGGGAGAAAUCUCUCAACCACAGCAUGACUGCCUGCAACCGUUUGUUUAAGAAUAUAUCCCCUUUAUCGGUUGCAGCUGACAAUUGUAGCAAGUUGAAUCGUGUGGGCUUGUUCAAAAGCAUUGCCCCUCUGACAUCAACAACAGGAGGUAGUCAUGCAAAUGUAAGUGGGAGUCCAGAUACACCUGUACUUAAUGACACAACAGCAGCUAGAAACAUUGUGCUGGAAGCAGACGAACAACAGCUUGAUGGUGAAAAUGAAGAAACCUAUGAAAUUCAUAGAGGUGUCAAAAGGAAACGGCAAUUUACAGAUUCAGAUCAUGAACCACAUAGAAACAAAGUUGACCUGAGCACUAGCUGGAAGUGUACAACUUUAAAUGGGGGCCAGAACUCAUGUAAUGUCAGUAGUGAUGGAACUUUCGUUGGAACAGAUCAUUUUAAAGAAAUAACCAAUGAUGUUUGUCAGGUGAAUGCCACAGCUACAUGUAAAGAGUCUUGUAGAAGGCAAGAAGGUAGUAGGGAUACAAACUUGAAAGAUACUGAUUUGAGGAAUACAUCAGAAAACAAAAUGAAAAUGGUGUCGAGAAAGUAUAAUAAACUUCAUUUUUUACCUGCGAGACCACCUCAACAAGUCCGAGAUUGCAAAAGACCAGCAUUCUCAGAAGUUCCUGAUGUUCAGCCCACGGAAAAUGUUGCUGCCAGUGUUAAUCUUGUGCUUUCUCACAAUGCUAAGCAGGACAAAGUUAAAUCUCUGAGACAUCCUGAUGGAAGCCAAUUUUUGUACACCUAUCCAGAACCCACUCACGAACUGAUAUCUCAGGUGAACUCUGUAAGGGUUCCUUGUGGAUUGCUGAAAUGGGCUGUUUCUUAUCUUACUGGACCAAGUUUGACACACAGUUAACUGCUGUUCCUGGCUGGCAUGCAAUUGGUCAUUUAUUUUGUAACAACUUUAGUUAAUGACAUUGCAUUUCCCUUAUGUUUUAAUGUUGAUCCAUGUUAUUUAUUUAUAUCAGUAUUGAAUACCACUGCCUCAGGUAAAAAUAAACUGACGCACACCAGGGAUAGGGAUGCUAGUAUAACACUGCACGUGUGGGCUGCUCUUGGCACCACUUAGCUGUUUACUCAGAGAAACUAUGGCCUGAAACAAGUAUCUGUCCAUAUACCUUUCCAGCCAGAAAUAAUGCACAACCCUGGAAGGCAAAGGAAUUGGAACAAAAUGAAUGAUUCCAUGUCCUUAAUUAACAUAAAGUUCAAUUUAUUUUGGGAGUUUUGGAGCAGACUAAUGAUUAGCCUUGUAUUGAAGGUUAUAUAAUUAUAAUAGAUAACAAUUAUAACUAAAUACUGUUCUGAACUGUUCAUUGGUGUAAUUUUGGUUUGUGUGUAUUGCAUUCAUAUCAAAGUCCUUUUAUAAUUUUUUAGAAAAUAAAAACUACUCAAUUUUU